UUUGCUGACCCAUGCUUCGACCACGGCACAUCCUGAGCCUUGCCGCGCUGGCAGCGAACAACAAAGUGACCCAGCGCUCGAUCGGUGUGGUUGUAGCGCGGUCCUCGAACGUGGCCUGUGUGUUUCGCCGACUGCAUCAUUCAACACGACUCCCUGGCAGCCCUGAGCUGGUCAAGCAGUUGCUGACACUCAUGAAGUCGGAAAAAGAUAUUCAAGAGUACAUCAAGGUGUAUGGCACUCCCGGUCUUCGUCGGACGGCUGUGAUCAAGAUCGGCGGUGAAGUCGUCGAUCGCGAACUUGACGUGUUGGUAAAGUCCCUCAUCUUCCUCAAAGACGCCGGGUUGUUUCCGAUUGUCGUCCAUGGCGCGGGGCCGCAGAUGAACGACGAACUGGCCAAAGCGGGCGUCGAGCCCCAAUACGUCCAGGGGAACCGCGUCACGAACAAGGAAACUCUUGCUAUCGCAAAGCGCGUGUUUCUUGCGACGAAUCGCAAACUCGUCGACGCGUUGGUGAGUGCCGGAGUAGGCGUGCGUCCCAUCACAAACGGCGUGUUCGAAGCGUCCAUCCGAGAUUUGGACGUGUACGGCUACGUUGGCGAAGUCAACAAAAUCCACAACGAGUCAGUCUACUCAGCGAUCGAGGCCAACCAGAUACCAGUGCUGUCGUCGCUUGGUGAGUCUGUCGACGGCCAGCUCCUCAACAUCAACGCCGACAUUGCUGCGCGCGAGCUCGCCAUCUCGUUGCAGCCCUUCAAAACGAUUUUCAUCAACUCAAAGGGUGGAUGGAUCGAGGAUGGAGUAAAGUUGCCGACGAUUGACAUGAGCAAGGACUACGAACCCAUGGCGGCCAAGGACUACACAGGUCGCCAAGGCACACUGCUUAAGUUGAACGAAAUCAACCUCCUCGUCAACUCCCUGCCGCGCUCAUCGUCUGUUGUUCUCACGUCCGCGUCUGCGUUGUCCCGCGAGAUCUUGAGCAACUACAGCGCCGGCACGGUCUGCACGCGAGGUGGCGACGCCGCGACGCUGCAGCCGCUUCAAUUCAACUCGAACAAGUACAAAGUCGGUCUGCUAGGCGCCCGUGGAUACGUCGGCCGCGAACUCAUUCGCGUGGUGGGCGGCCACUCGGAUUUGGAGCUCGUCGUAGCGAGUUCUCGAGCUCUAGUCGGCCAAAAGGUGCUCGACAUUGCCAAGGCGCCGCCUCUAAACCCCCACACGAACCUUCCUGCGACGACAUCGAUUCACAACCGUCUGUUGGACGGCAUCCCCUCGGAAUUGGAGUUUUGUGCGCUGGAAGACUCCGACCUGGCGUCAUUUGCGCUGGCCAAGGAAAUGGACGUGUGGGUUCUGGCUCUGCCAAAUGGCCACUGCGAGCGGUAUGUCGUGGCCUUGGAGAGGCUCAAGUCUCGCAGCAAGAAGGACCAAGUGAUCAUCGAUUUAAGCGCUGAUCAGCGUUUCAACGACAAGUGGGUGUAUGGGCUCCCGGAAGUGCCAGGCAAGCGACAGUUGCUGCACAACGCCAAGCGCAUCUCAAACCCUGGGUGCUAUGCCACCGGCGCCCAGCUCGGGAUUCUGCCGCUGCUACCGUUUUUAGCGCCUGACCAAAUGCCGCACGUGUUUGGCGUCUCUGGGUACAGUGGUGCUGGUACAGGGUUAUCCCGAAACAACGACUUGAACGUUCUCUCGGACAAUUUGAUCGCGUACAAGAUCGUUCAGCACAUUCACGAGAACGAAGUCAGCCAUCAGCUCGGCACGCAAGUUGCGUUCAUGCCGCACGUCGCGCCGUGGUUCCAAGGCAUCCACUUGACGCUGUCGAUGCAGCUUCACGACAAAUCGAUGACAAAGGACCAACUUGUGGCGUUGUACAGAUCGUUCUACGCUUCCGAGCCCCUCGUGCAAGUCGUGGACGACGUGCCCCAGGUCAAGCACAACGCUACACACCACCACACGACCAUCGGCGGCAUCUCCGUCGACAACGUCCACGGACGCGUCGCGCUCGUCGUGACGAUCGACAACUUGCUCAAGGGCGCCGCUUCGCAAGCGAUUCAGAACAUCAACUUGUCCCUUGGGCUCGAAGAGCUUUGCGGUCUUGUCGAGUAACCAAAACACGAGUGACGUCUCGGCAGUCGUUGGGUCGGAGGCUUUGGCCGAGGGUGAAUGUCGUACGAACGACUGUCGAGAACGUUCUACGAGUGAGCAGUGCCUACGUGGAACGUUCGCGCAUGCGACAGAGGGUUUGGAGGGAACGGGGGAGUAGAUUAAGCUUUGUUCUUUUUGCUCUUUUUGACCUUUUUUGCUAACACUUCAUCGUCGUCGUUGGCCGUGGUUUUCUUGGCCUUCUUGGUCUUC